AUGAAAACCUUUACAUUCCUCACAGUUUUUGCCUGGACACUAUUUUCCAUUGUUGCCGCCGACUUGAAGGCAGCGGCGUCACUCUACCCGCAAUGUGGCGCAUGCAUCUGUACCAACAAGGAACUAGCGGCAAUUAUCACAACAUGUGUUGCAGCAAAUUGUACGAUCAAGGAACAGCUUGCUACCAAAAAUGCAUCUCUAACAGCCUGUGAUGCACCAAUCCGGGACAGAAGAGAUCUUAUAAUCGGAUUUGGUGCAGGAGGUGGUGCUGCCGCCUUGAUAGUAUAUUUUGUACGCAUAUAUGCAAAGUUUACUGUGCCCGCUGCAGAACUGGGCUACGAUGAUCUAUGCAUAAGCAUAGCGAUGUCGUUGGCGAAAGUACUAAUGUCUGCUAUAGUCGCAAAACAUGGAUUUGGCACAGACUUAUGGACGAUACCGCCUGACAGUAUCACUUCAAUUCUCAAGAUCUACUUCGCUGACGAACUUAUGUACAUCACCGUCAUCUCUUUGACCAAGGUCACUAUUCUCUGCUUUUAUCUCCGCGUAUUCCCAGAACGAAAAUUUCGCAUCUGGGUGUUCUGUACCAUGGGUGCCACGAUAUUAUACAUGCUUGCGUUCCUCAUUGUGUCUGCCUUUCAAUGCUGGCCUCUUAGCUAUGCGUGGACACAUUGGGAUGGAGAACACCAUGGCCGCUGCCAAAAUGUCAACGCUCAGGGUUGGGCUGCUGCUGUGAUCAACAUCGUCAUUGACAUCGUGAUUCUUGUCCUUCCACUCAAGCUUAUAACAAAACUCAAUUUGCACUGGAAGAAAAAGUUGCAGAUAUCAAUCAUGCUAAGCGUCGGUGGAUUCGUUACCAUUGUCAGUAUCUUGCGCCUGGAAACCCUCUAUCAAUUUGCGAAGUCAAGCAACGUCUCCUGGGAUGGUGUAGCGUUCGGGUAUUGGUCGUGCAUUGAAAUGGAUGUUGGCAUCAUCUGCGCAUGCAUGCCCGCCCUCUAUUCUUUGUUCAAACACCUUGCCCCUCGAGCUUUUGGGGGGACCAUGAACAGCAAGAGCAGUGGAAACUUUGGGAAAGGCAUAGUGAGUGCCGGCAGCGGAAUUACAGCGGCUGAGACACCAGCAGACAGGCGGGCCCAAGACACCAAAGAUUUUCUGCCGUUGGUUGACAUUGAGAAUGUCAGAGACAAUCGACCUGGCAUUGCAUUGUAA